GCCAUCGUAUACCUACUUCCUACCUCCUAUCCUGUUACCCUCCUAUGCUGUAAUACGGACUACUAGGCCACCUCAUUCUAGAUUGAUCACCUACUAUGUCUAUGUAUACGUCUCCCUUUAAUUGAUCUUCCUCAACUUUAAACCAUUUCACGUAAAUGCGAUGCGCCCACUACUGCCACUAAAUAGCCCUUAAUAAUUCCCACCGACCGAGUCCAGAUGAAUACCGUUGACGAUGCGCAACUCGGCGCAUCUCCUAUUAUCGUGUCACAAGAUGAAACGAAACGAGACUCGAACGAAGCGACAAUUAGAUCUAAUGGCAACCUCCAAAGCCGUCCGACGAAUCCGAAGAAGCGAGACGCCGAUACAUCGUCGUCGUCCUUACCGUCUUUACCGUCAUCAACUACUCAACAAGAUAUCGUUACCAAAAUAUUACAAUUUUUGUCCACAGCAACCCCUGGAACCAUCGCUGCAAUUGCAGUUGGACUUGCUGCUAUAACAUACUUUAUCCUCGGACAGAUUGGUCUAUUAUUAAUUGGAGCUGUCGCUGGCAUAAUACUAUUCGCGACAUGGGAAUCUCAGCAUCCUGAAGUGUCGAGAGCGAUCCGGGGUGAAAAGGGCUACGACUUUUUGGAACGCAUCUUGGAAUCUACACACACGAAAUCCGUUACCAAGGCCGAACAGAAUGGCGAGCAAGACGAGCAAACCCUAGCCGGGCCUUUCGAUGACUUUCAACCUGAGACACGACAGGCACUAAAUGCUCUUGUCGACGCAGUCAUUCGUGAUUAUGUGGACUGGUGGUACGGUCCGAUCAUACCAUCAGACAAGUCCUUUCCUCUCUCUUGUAGAAAGGUAUUUGUCAAGUUCGUACUAUCCAUCUCUAACCAAUUGAGCCGCAAGCGACCCGCCGAUGCAUUCGUCGACUUUCUCACACACUCGUGUUCUAUCAUCAUCGUUUUCUUAUCCGAAAUGGCAUCUGCUUACUCGGAACUCCCUUCCGAUACGAAUUUGACUGCGGCGGAUGCUAUAUAUAACUACCUUGCCUCAAAUACCGAGGCCCCGUUAUCCAACCUGCUCAAUCAGAGACAACAAGCAGGAAAAUUCAAGAUUGUCGCUGAGGAUUUACUCGGCUUCCUAGAUAGGUCCGCUUAUGAUUGUGAUCCUGCUAGAGUCUUCUUAAGAGAGAUACUUGCCACCAUCGUCCUUGAGGGUACUCUGCAAACUUGUUCUAAAGCAGAAUGGAUAAAUGCUUGGAUAGUGUAUCUUCUCGAGUCCGGGGAGACAGACCUGUCGCAAGCUAUCGACGAUGCAAUCCAGGAUCAGAAGGCCUUUGGCGAUGUUGACGGUAAUGUUGGGAACAUCGGUCUCUCCAGGGGCAACCGUAACUCCUACGAAAUGGAUCGGGCUCGUCGCAAAGAGUCUACACAUAAGAAGCAGUUGUCUAAGGCUGACGAAGAAAUGGAAAGGGCCAUGGAAGAGAUGAAGAGGCUCAACGAAAUGAUCGCCGAAGCUGAUAAAGUUAAGGGAGCAUCGAAUAGGAACUCCCUAGAAAACAAUGUCCAAGAGCCUGACUCAAAGAACAACGAGAAGCCGAAUAGACCUUCCUUAGAAAAACCUAAGGAUCCGGAGUCGGAUUUCGGAGUUGGAUUUAAAGAGUCAACAUUAGGCAAAGCUGGUGAUAAGGAGGAAUUGCUCAGGUCUCCUAUCUCUCCUAGGUCAACCAUAGAUAACCCAGGUUAUAGUUCAUCGCCAGCCAACGGAGAAAGGGGACAGCCUCAUCGUCGUUUUACAAGUUUUGAUCAAAUAGUUCCACCAGCGAGAGAAGACCCCGAAGACAGCGAAUCACGUAACCCUCCGCCCUUGACACUCCAUAAUGCCACAGUUACCAUUCAUGACGAUGCAGGCAAUGACAAGGGCCGACUUCGAUCCAAGCCUUCCUGGGAAUAUCUACUUCAGAUCGAGCCUGCAACUUCGCAUUACCCAGGCUGGAUGGUAAUGAAAACAUAUCUCCAAUUCGAGGGCCUCCACGAAAGCCUAAGAAGAAUUGCAACGAUCUCGGGCUCUACGGCAUUUCUUGAAGCUUUCACUACCUUCCCGAGUUGGAAAGUCCACACAAGGACAUCAUUGCGCGGUGAGAUAGAAAGAUAUAUGCGGACGGCUUGUGCUGAGAAGGUGCUGGCCGAGUCUGAAGCCUUUAAGCGUUUCCUUGACAAAGGCCAAGAAACGCGAAUGGGUAAUAGAGGGUUUUCCUUCGAAUCAGUGGGGAAGGGCAUGCUUGAUGUUAUUCAGAACGCACCCAAGGGUGCUUUGGAUAGCGGAAAGGUUUUCGCUGGCGGAGUUACCGGCGUUUUCGGUAACAUUGGUCUUGGGCCGAGGAAGUCAACCAAUUCCUCCUUGAACGAGCAUCAGAUCAAGGACGCUAUCAAAACGCAAAGCCCUACCAGCACUCGUCCGCUGUCCAUGUCAUCUCUCCCGAGGAUGGAUAGUACCUCAUCGGUGAAUGGGUCGGGGAAAUCUAGAGACAGUAUGGAUAGCCAGAGAUCGUCUGUGAUUUCGGUUCAGCCUGGGAAAAUAGCCCCUAUGGAACGACGCCCCAGUAUCCAAGUAGACGUAGAGCAAGACAGUCUUCACCCAGCAAGGGCCGAUCGAUGGGAACGUAGUUCGAUUAGUGCAACUAGUAGUAGAGUACAUAGUCGCGCCUCGAGCGCUGCUGCGCUACGCUCUCCUCUGCGAUCUCCGUCCGAGCUGAGCUUUACGAACAUCAAGUUACCACCUCCGCCGGAUGAGAUUACAGAUGACUACGGUUCACCUUCAAGCACGCGCCUGAGCGUUGACGGAAAUUCAAGGUUUAUGUCUGCUGCAUACAACACCCCACCGACUCGAUCGUCCGGCUCAGUUCAGCCAGAAAAACCAACACCGAGUAGCAUACAUGCCAAACGCCUUAGUAAGCAAUAUGCGCCACUAUCGGAGCAGGAGACUCGUGUAGCCGUCGAGCUUCUUUUCGCCGUGAUCAACGAACUUUACACCCUAUCGUCAGCCUGGAACAUUCGGAGGACACUUUUGACGGCGGCAAAGUCCUUCCUUCUACGACCGGGCAACCCGGCACUCAUGUCUAUCCAAUCCCUAGUUCAAGAGUCUGUUCUUGAGGCAAACACGUCGGAUACCGGCAUCGCUACGCAUUUGCGUAAACUGCGGGAAAAUUCUCUGCCUACAGAAGAAGAGCUCAAAGGUUGGCCAAAGGAGAUGACAAUUGAAGAAAAGGAGGAGUUGAGGGUUAAGGCGAGGAGGCUAUUUAUACAAAGCGGAGUCCCAACUGCGCUGAUGGGGAUCAUGGGGCAGUCGGCUACAAGUGAAGCACUUGGCCGCAUCUUCGACUGCCUCCAGAUCGAAGAGGUCUCCAGAGGCCUCUUCUUCGGGAUUAUGUUGCAAGCAGUGCGAGUUGUCACACACUAGGAUUGAUUCUUAUGGGCGUUAUACAACGAAGCAGGCGUAUAGUAAGAGGGGAAUAGGGGUAUCAGAAACGGAUGAUGGGAUGUUUACACGAUUAAGAGUAUUCUCCCUUACCGCGACGAUUGAUGCAUCUCAAGAUGUAUGAAUAUCAUACGACAGGUUGUACGAGCAUAAUACGAGUUGCGAGGACAGGAACAAGAACAGGAACAGGAAUAUAAUAUUUCCAAGGAGGCUUUGGGAAUCGACGGGUUGCCAACUACCAACCAAGUUAACAAAAUACCUAACUACCAACUAAUCAUGAGGAAAUGAUAUUAUUAAUUAAUCUACCGACAAAAGAACAUAUCCCGAACGGGCUUUGACGAACUUGUUUUGUU